GGGAUUCCAGCCUCAAUCCAACGACACCUCACUCUCUUUCGUGUCUUUCGCACAAGCCCUCUCUGCCUACGUGUCUGCAACCCCUCACUAUGGCUAAAAGAAAGUACCCCGAUCCCGAUCCGGACUCCCUCGUUGAAGCCACGAACACCCCUUCGAAGCGCCGGAGGAAGACAGCAGAAAGAGGGGCACUCAGUAAUGGAGACCAUGAGGAUGCCUCUGCCGCAAGCCCCUUGACGAAUGGCACUCCCAAUCAAGAGGGGACCCCUUCGAGAAGAAAAAGAAAGCCCGCCGUCGAGGACGUUCAGACCGAAGAGGACCAAGACGAAGGCAGUCCUACCCCGAAACCCAAUGGCCGCACUCUGUUCUCUACUCCGACCCGAGGCAAAGGCAGCGCAGCAACUACCACACCAUCAAAAUCCGCACGAGCAAAGGCGGACAGGUCUGCUAAGAGGAAGAGUGCCCGACUGCUCGCUGAGGCACAGGACGCUGAUGAUGACGAUGUGGACGGACAAGACGCGCAGUUGGCUCGAGAAAUACUCGACGAGGGUGAGGAACCAGACGAGGAGGACGUCGACGGAGAUGGACUGAGCCAGGAUGUCGAAGCUGGCACACCAUCAAAGAAGAGCCCAGGCAAACGAGGGCGACCAAAGGGAGCAAAGUCCAGGAGAUCGCCCACCCCCGAGGGCGACAUCCCCCCCGAAGAACGAUACUUCUACCAAAACCGUGCUGGGCCUCCUCAGGUCUCAAGCAACAAGUUCAACUCGGUCAAAUUGCUCACGCACGAGGAAUACUUUGAACAGAUCUCGUGCUGGCGAGAUCCUCACGAACCGGAGAAAGCCUUUCUGAUGAAGUUGCACGCCCGAUCUUUCCCACAGUGGCGCUUCGAACUCGCUGAAGGAUUUGGGUUAUGUCUUUACGGCUACGGUAGUAAACAACCUCUUGCCAACCAGUUCGCCGAGUACAUGUACAAUAAAUGCCGUCCAUCUCCUCGCAUCGUCGUUGUCAAUGGCUACAUUCCGAAGCUCAAUCCGCGCACAAUCCUCAACACCAUUGCUGCGGCCGUGGCCGAAACGGAGGAUCAAGCAAUUCGCCUGACCGGUCAACCCGAAGAAAUGCUCGACACUCUGCUAUCCCACCUCACAGACAACCCUCCAUCCUCGCAGCUGCUCGUGAUGGUCAACUCCAUCGACUCCGCAUCCCUCCGCCGACCGUCGAUACAAUCCCUCCUGGCCCGCCUAGCGGCUCACCCGAACGUCUCCUUUCUCGCCACGUGCGACACCCCCACCUUUCCGGCGCUGUGGAACUCGUCCCUCCUCGACCAAUUCAAAUUCGUCUUCCACGACUGCACGACUUUCGCACCUUACACGGCCGAGAUGGGCAGCGUGGUAGACGAGGUCCACGAAUUACUGGGCAAGAAGAGGAUGCGGGCCGGCGGGAAGGAAGGCAUCGGGUUUGUGCUGAAGAGCUUGCCGGAGAACGCCAGGAACCUGUACCGCCUGCUGCUCGCUGAGAUCCUGAGCAUUUUAGAAGACGGUUUCGACGGCGAAGCCAUGCCCUACACCCACGGCGGCAGCGGCGGCGGCGGGGUGGAAGACGGAGAAGAAGACGACGACGACGGAGAAGACGGAAGACGAACGGGCCGGAAGAGAUCUCGAGGCACGGGCGACAAGACGACGUCCGCAGCGCCCACCACCACCACCACCACCAGCACGGGGCCAGCAGCAGAGGAAGUGGGCGUCGAAUACCGCACGCUCUACCGCAAGGCCGCCGAGGAGUUCAUCUGCUCGAGCAGCAUGAACUUCCAGUUCCUGCUCAAGGAGUUCCUGGACCACCAGAUGAUCACCAGCCGGCGGGACCCCGUCAGCGGCGCCGAGACGCUGGGCGUCCCCCUGGCCAAGGCGGAGAUGGAGGCUGUCUUGGAAGAGCUCAUUUGAGAUCGUCGGGCGCGGGGUUCCGCGUCCUGCCCACAGGCGCUGUUUCCCACAUCCACCAGCCACACAUACAGGGACGAUAGAGGCGGCAGUAGUGAAUCAGCUAGGUUGGCAGUGAAUGACCGCGCGAGUGGGAGGAUCGACAUACACGAGGGUGGUGCCGUGAAGGGUACGGACUAGGGGCUACGUAUCAUAUAUAUACAUCCUCAGGUACUGGUAGCCAGCUAUGUAGGCCGGUAUAACAGGC